AUGCAGCUGGUGGCCAGCCUGGUGUCCGUGCUGCUGCUGGUGUGGAGCGUGAGAGCCACGGCGCUGCCUGGAGAAGAGAGACUGGCCAUACAGAGCACCAGGGAACAGAGCACAGUCAGGAAGGAUGCCAUCCUGAAGAUGCUGGCAGGCCUGCUGGACAGCGUGGACGUGGGGCGUGAGGCAGCCUCCCCUGACCUGGAGGAGGAGGGCAAGCUGGAGGAGGAGAGGGCAGUGCUGGGGCGGCUGGCCCAGCUCUCACAGCGCGACCGCAAGGCACCCUGCAAGAACUUCUUCUGGAAAACCUUCACCUCCUGCUAG